CAAUCAGAACACUAGCUGAAAGAAGGGAUCAUCACUCUUGCUGUAUUUUCUGCUGUCCCUAUUCCUCAUCCAUCUGGUGCAGAUACCGUACGAGUAGCGUACCGUGCCGCUCCAACUCACUCACUCCGCAACAACAAAGCGAUCGAACUAUCAACAACAAGCAACAACACAUGCGCAACACACAGAUUCAUAUUUGCGCAAUAGAGAUUCCCUUUUCCAUACCCUUGCGAUGCAGUCUUCGUCUUGCUUCGGGUCCUCCUGGAAAGAUGUCUUCUGCGGUCCUCGAAACGACGGCGCCAGCGGGGACCACCCCAACCAACCCGGAGCCGAGAUCGACGGCGAGGCGGACUGCGGCUUUGAUUCCGACGACGGCUACGAGGAAGACGACGAAGACUACCUGGACUACUGCGACAGCAACAAGAUCGUCGAGCUCACCGUCCGGAGGGAACUCUUGCUGGUCGAGCUCCAGGAACUGGUGGACGCCAGGACGCCCCAGCAGGCCGCGGCAGCGAUUGCCGCCAUGGACCGCGAGUCGGGGAACGACGACCAGCUCCUGAGGUUUCUGCUGAGGGCGGGGACGCUGAGGAUCCUCCGGAACCGGCUGCUGAAGGAGGGCGAGGACGAGGACGAGGGGGGACCCGACGAAUCCUUCCACCAGGAAGAGAAGAAAGAAGACGAUGCCGGCAGGGACGCGGACGCGGGUGCUUCUGCCGACCCCUGCGAGUCGUCUUGCUGCGGGCCCAUACUCUCGCCCUCGGCGGCACAGCCUCUUCUGGAGAAACUUUCCUACCACCACGAGCUGCGGCGAUCGCGGCUCCUGGAGAAGAAACGACAACGGAGUUCCUGGACCAGGAUGGUUGGGAUUUCGUAGGGGCGGCACGAGACCACACAACGAAGACGAUGCUUUGCCAUCUACGACAGUGACAAACGGGGUGGAACGGGAAGGGACGGGUCGGGACAGGCUUUUUGCGUGUGGGAACAACGCCAAGGGGCCGGGCAGCUCCACGGGAGCUGCAUGCCCGGUUGCGCCGGCGAGCUCCAUCGAUUGAAUCGAUUGGGAUCGGAACACCCAGCCAAGGCACAACGAUUUGGGACGGAACUCGCUUUUUUUGGAACGAACGAGCAGGCGCCACAACGACAUUAUCUAUCUGCUGUUCCUCUGCUGGAACAAGGAAGACCAUCGGCAUUCGCUGAUCCUUUCAAGACCAUGAUGGACAAUGGACAAGGGACGAUCGAGACAAUUUGUGGACGGUAGAAGGUACACGGAUGUAUUAUUAAUUUGUAA